CAGUUAAGAAGCGAAAAGAAAACUCCCCAACAUCAGAAAAAGUGGUUUUUUGUUUUUUUUUCCAAUCACAGGAUUGAGCUGAUUGGGUGGGCAAAAAAGCCUUAGGCGAGAAACCGAUUUAAGGUCUAGUCAGUUUCAAGCCAGUUUAGAGAAGCAGUUUGGAAUGAUGAUUGAAAAGGAGAUCCAUUGCAUGGGGGUGGGGGGGUUAUGUCAGACUGGACAAGGCUAGCCUAUGUAGUGUCGAAGUGCAAGCGAUUUGUGUGAGCUUUUGCGGAGGUGGGUUUCGGCAGGUUCUGACCAGUUCUGGAGAACCGGUAGCGGAAAUUUUGAGUAAUUCGGAGAACCGGUAGUAAAAAUUCUGACUGGCCGUAUCCCCAUCUAUUCUCUGCCUUCCGAGUCCCAGAUGAUCGGGAGGAAAUGGGGAUUUUGCAGUAACCUCCCCCUGGAGUGGAGAGGGAAUGGAGAUUUUACAGUAUCCUUCCCCUGCCACACCCACCAAGCCACGCCACGCCCACCAAGCCACACCCACAGAACCGGUAGUUUAAAAAAAUUGAAACCCACCACUGAGCUUUUGUCAUGAACUUGCUGCUUGUAGAUCUGAAUCCUGAAAUUCUGGGGUUUUUUUUAGAGAGAGAUUUCUUCAGACUGCCAUCAAUGCUGUCCUCUAAAACAUCAUUUCCUCUUUAUCUCAUUCUUGCUUUUCCGGUUGGUCAGAUAAGAGAAAGCAGAGGUCACCGUCUAAGGAUUUAAGGCCAAGUUGCCCUAUCAUUAAGCGUCUUCUUUGGGGCACAGCCAGAGAGAAUGGCUUCCGAGGAAUACAGACCUCUUUUGGAGCCGAACCCAGAGGCGGAGUUGAAUGCUGCUGGAAGACCUUCUCAAUUGGAGAUUUAUUUGAGCAAAGUCCAAAACCACAAUCUCUACUUGGCAACUUUCGCCGCUGUCUUAGGACCGCUAAGUUUUGGUUUUGUCCUGGGCUACAGCUCGCCGGCUAUCCCUAGUUUGAAGCAAAGCCACAACCCGGAACUAAGACUAGACGACACGCAAGCGUCAUGGUUUGGGUCUGUGGUCACGCUGGGGGCCGCAGCUGGCGGGACACUUGGAGGAUACGUGGUGGACAAAAUUGGCCGGAAACUUAGCCUUAUGCUCUGCGCGAUCCCAUACGUGUUUGGUUUCUUGAUCAUCGUCUCGGCCCAAAACAUCUGGAUGCUUUAUCUGGGACGGCUGCUGUGUGGCUUGGCCAGUGGUGUCACAUCCUUGGUAGUUCCGAUUUAUAUAUCCGAAACGUCUCACUCCAGGAUCCGAGGAGUCCUUGGCUCCUGCGUUCAGCUGAUGGUGGCGACUGGAAUCCUGGGAGUUUACCUAGCAGGCAUGGCUCUGGAGUGGCGUUGGCUGGCGGUGCUGUGCUCCAUCCCUCCCUGUUUCCUGCUGGGGCUCAUGACUUUCAUGCCCGAAACCCCGCGCUUCUUGCUACGCCAAAAUCAGCAGUCGGAAGCCAUCGCGGCUUUGCAAUUCCUGCGGGGCCCUCUGGUGGAUCACGAGUGGGAAUGCCGGGAGAUUGAAGCCAACGUCCACCAACAGCAAGAAAUGAGCAUCGCCGAGUUCAAGAACCCCUCCAUCUACAAGCCGUUCCUGAUUGGAAUAGCCAUGAUGUUCUUCCAGCAAGCAUCCGGCAUCAACGCCUUGAUGUUUUAUGCCGAAACGAUCUUCGAAGACGCCAACUUUAAGAACAGCAGUGCUGCUACCGUCAUCGCUGGCUCCAUCCAAGUUGUCUUCACAGCAGUGGCCGCUCUCAUUAUCGAUAAAACUGGACGAAAAAUUCUUUUGAUCAUCUCAGGAGUGAUCAUGGCUGCCAGCGAUGCGGUGUUUGGGAUCUAUUUCAGAAUUACCGUCCCCAGCCCCAACAAUUCCUCCUAUCUCCAGUUGCCGAACGCCCCCCUUAUGGAGGAAGGACACCCCCUGGCCUGGUUAGCAGUGCUGAGCAUGAGUUUCUUCAUUAUGGGUUUUGCCUUGGGUUGGGGUCCCAUCCCCUGGCUGAUGAUGUCUGAAAUAUUUCCCCUGAGGGCCCGAGGAAUCGCCAGCGGGGCCUGUGUCCUCACCAACUGGCUCAUGGCUUUCCUGGUCACCAAGGAGUUCCACGACCUCACGGUUCUCCUAACCUCUUAUGGGACCUUUUGGUUAUUCUCGUCUAUCUGUUUGCUCAACGUGAUCUUCACCGUCGUCUGCGUUCCCGAAACGAAAGGGAAAAGUCUAGAAGAGAUCGAGGCGCUUUUUCGCAGGCCGCAUUAGGACUUCGGCACACGAUAUUUUCAUUUUUAAUCGUGGAUUUCACUCAAUCGGUGGCGAAGACAUUGAUUGGGGAGGCCAAAAGCCUUCUGUUCUUUUCAUUUUCCGAGGAGAUUGAUCCAUGAAGAUUGCGUCAUGGUUCUGGCCAGUUCCAGUUUUUGGAACUAGAACUUUUCCUCUCACCGAGAGGGCAGGAAAAUGUCCUUAAUGAAAGCGGUGCUACUUUUUGGUGAUUUGCAGGCCCAGGGGGCUCAGAUCUCCUAACGUAAAUCUUCCGACACUGGAAACAAGGAUCCUGUUUAGAGUGUGGCUUCAAUA